AUGGCUUGCGAAAACAACAAGCCAUUGUACUAUCAAAGCGUUGAAGAGCUCUCGGAAGAAAUAGAAGCGAAGAUAACAGGGAGUGUUCCAAAAUGGAUCAAAGGAACACUACUCAGAAAUGGUCCUGGGAAAUUUGAAAUUAAAGACAGUUCGUAUCGUCAUUUGUUUGAUGGCCUAGCUCUGCUACAACAGUUUGUAAUUGAAAAUGGGAAUGUUGUAUAUUUCAAUAAAUUCCUACGCAGUCAAACAUAUGAACGAAACAUGAAAGCUGGCAAGAUAGUUGAAUCGGAACUGGGAACCCCAGGGACUCCCGAUCCAUGCAAGAAUAUCUUUGCAAGAUGGUUUACUUAUUUCUUCCCUAAAGAAUACACUGACAACGCUUCAGUGAACUUUUGCUGUAUUAAAGGAAAGAUAUACGCCAUGACGGAGGUCCCGAUUAUCACAGAAAUUGAUCCAAGUAGUCUUGAAAGUAUUAACAGGGUGAAAUUAUCUGAUGGUUUUCAAGGUAGGCUACUGUACAUGUGUGCUACUAAUAUACUUUAAUUAAAUAUUCUAUUGCUUCAUGUAAGAAUGUUACCUUACUGGGGGUGCCAAGAGUAGAAUCACAUUAGUUUCUGAAUGUCCCAACCACUCCCACGAUAUGGUCUUCAGCGGGAAUAGAAUUAAGGUCUCGAUCGUGUAUCAGCGCAUGAAACCACAGGGAUACCCGACAUGUAUACACGGAAUGCGGGAUAUUCAAUCUACAUAUACGACGAGCUCUACGAAUAUGAUUUUAGUGAAUGUAGGACGAUGUUACAAUAUUGUUGACUAAGCCAGGGGGUAGAUAUCGUUCAUUGUCCUCAGCAUUGCAGGAACAUGCAGUGUCGAAGUGGGGUUGAACCAAGGUCUCAGGGGAUUCGGUGGCGCAUCUCUCAAAGCAAGCUAGCCUUUUGUGGUUCAUUCUCAUCCCAGACAUUCGUGUGAAAAGGGUCCAUCAACGUUCCGGAGCUAAUGAAAAUCGAGAGUUUUCUCCGGGUACUGGGAAAAAGCCUUCGACUCUCUGCGUGAGUGCAACCCUCGCAAUUCAGCUCAGCUGCAAGUGUAAUGAUAGCCUGCGGGCAGCCCCAUACAACGUGUAAUGAUCGAUGACAAGCACACUCUGCACGGCGCUGUAACCAGAGCUAUUCGAAAAUUUAAUAUUAAACGGUUUUCGUUUCUGUCUACCUGAACUAUCUGAAUUGUGAAGUACCUGAAAAAGAUAAAGAGAACUUUUAAUAUGACCAAAACCGAGUCGAUUUACCACUGAGCUGUUUGCAUGACAUGCCCAUUUGAGGCACCCAACUAUAUAUAGACUUGUAAGUCUUAUUUGGCUGGAUAUAUUAAAUAUUGUGUUUUAUUUACAGAUGAUGUUAAAGUUCGUAAACAAGAUUUGUUUGCCUGAUGUUUAAAUUCCGGCUUUGUCGCUCGAAACGUCGAAGUUCUGCUUGUAUUUUUUAAAUCACUGUAGUAUAUAGUGCAGGGCAAUACGUGAAGAGACUGCUGGGAAGAGAACCCGCACGCAGUAAAGCGCAGAGGCAAUGUUACAACACGAGGGGCGAAUUUGUAGUGAACUUUUGAAAUAAAUCAAUGUUAUGAACACAGCUAGCCAGGUAAAUAAUCCUCACUCUCGGACUUGAAUCUAGCGAGGUGAAAGCCGACACGAGACAAAAAAACACUGUAGCGUCUUUGUUGAACAUUAACUUCAAACGUCGCGAUUAUCAAACAUUCGGAUUAGGUUCGGCACAUGACAAGCGCGACGUUUGAACUAGGGCUAGCCAGUAGGCACAACAAAAACAUGCAUAUAAUAAAUCAAAAUUCUUGAAGCUGUGCAUAUUUUAGUUUCAUUUUAAAUCACAGAACAUUUUAUCGAUCACACCGUAAAACUGUUAUCAAAAGAUUUUUAACACUUGGUUGAAACUAUUGAACUAUUCCUACUAUUCCUAAGGUUGAUCAAAGGCCGUUGAGGGCUUGAGGCCGACUCACGGAUGAGAUCAAAUGAAAGUGACAGAAAGAAUUAGAGCAGUUUGCAGUUAUUUUUGCAAACGAGCACCGUGCGAAUUUUGCCAUUUGUCGUACUUCUUUUGCUAAAUCAGAACGAACGCGUGCUCCAGCCCGAUUCGCAGGCAAACAGUGCGCGCAAAUCAGGCUGGUCAUUUCCCAUCGUUUAACUGCCCCACACUCAAGUAACCACAAAGACUCACAGACAGGGCCGUCCUCAGGGAAUUUUUCAGGGGGGGGGUGUAAGGUCAUUUCAACCGACCAGUACCUGGAAAAAAAUUUUUUGGAACAAAUAAUUUUUAGCGAUCUCCCCCCUCCGUCGCCAAAAAAAUUUCGGUCAGUGUACCAUUUUAGGGGUACAAAAAUUUUUCCGGACAAUCAAAAUUUUUCGGAACAUCAAACAAAUUUUCCAGACAUCACAAAUUUUCUCCAUUUAUUAAGAAAAAUUUUCUAAAAUUCCUAAAAUUUCUAGAAUAUUCGAAAUUUUUGUAAAUACACCUCAUUUUUUCUACUGCCCUGCAACCGACUGACGAACAGGGCCGCCGAGAGGUUGACGGGCCGCCGAGAGGUUGACGCGAGAAAAUGUUUUUCGGAGAUCAACAACCUCUAUCUUGCCCUUUGCGAGAAAAUAUUUAACCCAAAUAGCAGUCCUACCGACUGAAUAAAAUUUCUGGAGGGGUGUCACACCCCCCCCCCCCGUAUCUCCGGCCCUGCUCACAGAUGUUGCUGUUCGCAACAUCCGUGAGACAAAACCGGUUUACCCGCAUUUGUAAACACGCGCUUAAAAAUUCCACUCGAAAAUACCAACUACAAAACCCUUCAGCAAUGGACUUUUCCCCUUCUAACGAAAAUUUUGAUCUAGACAAGUCUAGACAACAAUUUCAUCACAGCUUGAAAGAGCAUCACAAAAUUAGUAAUAUUCCGAUGUUUCGUUGCGAAAUGUUGUAAAAUACGGAUAAUAUAGCCUUGCGAAAUUUGCAAUUUUCAGUCAUUUUGUAUUACAAACGGAAAUUGAUGCCCCAACACCCGAUUGUGCUGCGAAACAUGAAACUUUGGAAUAUUACUAAUUUUGUGAUGCUCUUUCAAGCUGUGGUGAAAUUUUUGUCUAGAUCAAAAUUCUAGUUAUAAGCGAAAGGUCCAUUAGUUGUAUCGAGUGAGAUGCCCCAAAAUUCUGAUAUUUACCCACACAAUGUUUUCGCUACACAGAGAGUGAUGUCCCGUAUCAUUAACAUUUUAUACUUUCUUCAUCCAGAUAUAGUAAAACAAAUUUUCUUCGCGACGGCUCAUCCACAUGAAGAUGACGAUGGUUCUAUUUAUAAUCUCUCGGUUGGCUAUGACAAAAAAGUUGGCCUCGCAUACCUAAUUACCAUGCUACCCCCCCGUACUGACGAGGAUCUAGAGGGCGAGAAGCCGCUGAACGGUGGUAAAGUCAUCGCAACUAUACCUGCAUCACGUCAGCAGACAUACACACAUAGUUUUGGCAUGACUCAGAAAUAUUUCAUCUUCAUUCAACAACCGCUGACCGUCAAUCUGUGGAAGCUCGCAGCCUCACGCUUCGUCGGAUGGAGCAUCCUCGAGACAUUUGCGUGGAACUCCACGAAAGGAGUGAAUUUCGUGGUAAUAUCUCGUGAAAGUGGUGAAAUCGUUUUAACCAUCAAAGCAGAGCCAUUUUUCUUCUUUCAUGUUGUAAAUGCCUAUGAUGAUAACAACCAGAUAGUCCUAGAUAUUUGCUGUUACCCGGAUGCUCAAAUAUUCCACCAACUCUACCUGCAGGAAACUCGUAAGACGUAUACCCACCCCGAGAAAAGUGCUUUUAUUUCCCAGCUACGACGAUAUCGCUUGCCUGUAAAGUUAGAUCAGUCAGAAGUUGUUACACUGCAGAAAGAAGCGUCGGGAUUGGAUUAUGAAGUCCUUUCAGAUGUAUGCUUUGAUCUGCCACGUAUUAACGAGAAACACAAUAGAUUACGUCAUCGCUAUGUAUACGGUGCUUGCAGUGCAGACGACAAGAUUGAUGGUCUCUUGUUAGAUAAGUUGAUUAAAGUCGAUGUUGAAACAAAAGAAAGCUUUGUUUGGUCUGAAGAAGGAUGUUUAGUUUCAGAACCAGUGUUUGUUACAGCUCCAGAUAGCCAGGAAGAAGAUGACGGUGUUGUAUUGUCUUCAGUGUAUCAUACAAUCAACGAUAAUUCAUUUCUGUUAGUGCUUGAUGCACACACGUUCACGGAGCUCGCCAGAGCAGAAGUUCCAUUACGAUUUGCUCCUUCAUUUCAUGGACGCUUCGUCCCACCAACCACUUAGAAACAGUAGCAAGUUCACUUAGAAACAGUAGCAAGUUGAGUAUCUAACACUCUGCAAUCCAUGAAUGUGGACAAUAUGAAUAUAUAAAAUAUAAUUAGUUUAUCCAGAACGUUUAGCAAGACAACA